GAUUAAAAAAAUUUUCUUUGCUGAGAUUUGAGCAUGAAAAGAAAGAAAAAUGGCGAUCGUGAUGAUACUGUAGAGUAUAGACUGAGAUUUUUCGUGCUCGCAGUCUCUGAUUAACUCAGAAUUUGCUGUGUCAACGAGGAAGAUUGAGUGUGAUUUUUUACACGGUUAUUUGUUUUGUUUCCGGUUUUGGAACUUUCAAGCAUGGCUUGGGAUUUGCUUCUUUGGGUUUUCUCUUUCUUCGUCAACUUAGCUCUGCUUGCUUCCACCUUUUACCAGCUUAUAUGCUUAACAGACUUGGAAGCUGACUUUAUGAAUCCGUUUGAAACAUCAUCCCGUGUUAAUGGUUUGAUCAUCCCAGAAUUUAUAUUGCAAGGAGUACUAUCUGGUCUUUAUCUUGUGACAUGGCAUUGGUUCAUGUUUCUCUUUGCAGUUCCCCUUACUUGCUACCAUGCUAUGUUGUAUAAAAAGCAGAAGCAUCUUAUUGAUGUUACCGAGGUUUUCAGAAAUCUCAAUUUUGAGAAGAAGCUCCGGUUUAUCAAGCUUGGUUUUUACUUGAUUCUCUUUGUCGUGGUCAUUUUCAGAAUUCUUGCUGCAGCAAACAUACUAUACUACAAUUCCGAGUUUGAAGAAUUAGAUAUUCGCUCCAAUAUGCUAGAAUUUUAGAAUCUCUAAAGAUGCCAUUAGCUACGUUCACAGUAUCUGUAUUCAAUGCCUUGAGUGAUGAAGAGGAUGCUGUACAUUUAUUUUGAUUUCCACUUGUUUGAGCAUCAGAAUAGCCUGAUUUGUUUAGUGAUGUAUUCCGGUGUAUAGAAAUCGAAGAAGCUAUAGCUGACGAUCUUCUACUUGUUUGACGCGAUUCUGGUCUUGACAUACUUUGUGUUUUCUGCUCAUACAUUCAUUCCCUCGAUCACAAAAAGAGGAAGACAAGACAGUAUUGAAAUAGAAUACUACUUAGCAUGCAGAAAUAUCUUUCAGACUUUAAAUUUACAGGUCACAGAUGGGCCAUGCUGCGUGUUUGUAGAAUGAUAAAAGUGAAGAUGACAGUGUUAAAUGAGAAUCGUUGUAUGGUUUAUGAGUUAUUCUUGAAAA